AUGGCGCCCCCCCAGCCUGAGCUCAAGAAAUACCUCGACAAGAGACUGUUUGUCCAGUUGAACGGCAGCCGCAAGGUGACGGGCGUCCUGCGAGGCUACGAUGUGUUCCUGAACAUCGUCCUGGACGAGGCUGUGGAGGAGACGGACGGACAGGGCCGCAAGAACAUUGGCAUGGUGGUCAUCCGCGGCAACUCAGUGGUCAUGCUCGAGGCGAUGGAGAGAAUCCCGGGCGACGAGCGCGGCGGACGAUGA